CUCGCCCGGCAAGUGCGCCUGCGCGGAGGCCGUGGCCGCGCCCGCUCCCGCUGGGGGCUCGUCGCUGGGCGGCCGGGCCAUGGGGGAGGCCGAGGUGGGCGGUGGCGGCGCGCCGGGGGACAAGGGGCCGGGGGAGGCGGCCACCAGCCCAGCCGAGGAGACGGUGGUGUGGAGCCCCGAGGUGGAGGUGUGCCUCUUCCACGCCAUGCUGGGCCACAAGCCCGUCGGUGUGAACCGACAUUUCCACAUGAUCUGUAUUCGGGACAAGUUCAGCCAGAACAUUGGUCGGCAGGUCCCAUCCAAGGUCAUCUGGGACCAUCUGAGCACCAUGUAUGACAUGCAGGCGCUGCACGAAUCUGAGAUUCUUCCAUUCCCAAACCCAGAGAGAAACUUUGUCCUUCCCGAAGAAAUCAUUCAUGAAGUCCGAGAAGGAAAAGUGGUCAUUGAAGAAGAAAUGAAGGAGGAAAUGAAGGAAGAUGUGGACCCCCACAACGGGGCUGACGAUGUUUUUUCGUCUUCAGGAAGCUUGGGGAAAGCAACAGAAAAGUCCAGCAAAGACAAGAAUCCUCCGGACUUGGGGUCCAAGGAAGGGGCGGACAAGCGGAAGCGCAGCCGGGUCACCGACAAAGUCCUGACGGCGAACAGCAAUCCCUCCAGCCCCAGCGCCGCAAAGCGGCGCCGAACGUAGUCGUGGCUCAGCCACGGCAGGGGGCCGGGGCACUGCUGUCACCCGGCCAGACACCCCCAGCCCGCCGCCUGCCCUCAGGCACCUGGGGCUCCCGCGGGGCCGCCUGUGACCACCUGGGGCUCCGGGGUGCCCUGAGAGACCAGAGCUGGCUCAGUUGUGGAGAGCCGGGGUCUGGGCCCGUCUCCCCCGCACCGGCGGGUGAGCCCCAGCUAUGCUGGCCGCCGGCCGGGCUGUGGUCCGGGCUCCACAGAGCAGAGCGCGGGGCAUGAGCAGGACAGCUGGAGUGAUGAACAGGGUGCCGGCUCUGUCUUUGGGGAGCGCUGGUCUUGCUGGAGGACG